CUUAAAUUUGAACUAAGAUUUUGGCGCCAUUUCCAUUGUCGAAAUAUUGAAAGAACUUCAACAAACGAGUCACAAUUAAGUUUUUUUUAAAGCUUUAUAAAUUACUUAAAAUGCCUGUCGAUUCACAACCAACUCUUCGUUUUGCAAAGCUUACAGAUAAGGCAUUUGCUCCAACAAAAGGAUCUGAAAAAGCUGCUGGAUUUGAUUUGAAAAGCAAAGGUGAUAGAAUUGCACAGUUAAUCUGUGAACGAAUUUAUUAUCCAAUUAUCGAAGAAGUUCCGUCAUUGACUGAAACGCAACGUGGAGCUGGAGGCUUUGGAAGCACUGGAAACAAUUGA